UGAACAAGCAUUGGUGAUAGGAGUAAGUUGUCACUGGUUAAGAAAAACACACUGAAAUCAAGACAGGUAAGAAAAGGUGACGUCAGUGUUUCUCAGCUGACACAGACCUCGUUUCAUGCAGGGUUUGUCUUCAAAGAUCUGCAUCACUAUAGUGAGUCAGAAAGGUUUUAGUUUUUCUUCCAGUCCAUAACUGGAAAUAUUCUGACUGGAGAGUAUUACAGCACCGAUUAUUUCUGCUGCCUGCGCCUUUGCUUGGUUCCGGUCCUCCAGUCCCCACAACCUAAAGAAUGUAUCUGACAGAAGACCACUACGGGAUCCUGCAGGCUUUAACAGGGAUGACCAUAUGAGAAGACCUCCUUACGUCUGGCUACAACCCGAGUUUGUUUUUUUUUUAUCAGGGAGCGCAGGGGGAGUCAAUGAGACGACAUGAGAAAUUGGAGCUACAGAACUUCUCUUCUUCUAUUCCUCUUCUCCGCAGUCCUGUUGCCAGGUUGUAUGGGUGCCCGAGGGGUAUAUGCCUACAAGCUCUUUAAUGACCUUUUUGCCAACUACUCAAAUGCACUGCGCCCUGUGGAGGACACAGACAAGGCUCUUAAUGUCACCCUGCAGAUUACACUAUCUCAGAUUAUAGAUAUGGAUGAAAGGAAUCAGAUCCUAACAGCUUAUCUGUGGAUUCGACAGGUGUGGUUCGAUGCCUAUCUGCGCUGGAAUAGGGAUGAAUAUGAUGGGCUUGAUACCAUCCGUAUUCCUAGUAGUUAUGUAUGGAGACCUGAUAUAGUCCUAUAUAACAAUGCUGAUGACCAGUUCACCGGUUCCAUGGAGACCAAUGUGGUAAUCAGGUAUGAUGGACAGAUCAUGUGGGAUUCCCCUGCUAUCACCAAGAGUUCCUGUAAAGUGGAUGUGUCUUUCUUCCCCUUUGAUGGCCAACAAUGCCGCUUCACCUUUGGAUCUUGGACCUAUAAUGGCAAUCAGAUUGACAUCUGGAAUAAACUGGACACAGGAGACCUGACAGAUUUUGUGGAAAAUGUUGAGUGGGAAGUGCUUGGAAUGCCUGCCAAGAAAAGUGUGAUUGUCUAUGGCUGUUGUUCAGAACCCUAUCCUGAUGUCACCUAUACUUUGCUGCUGAAGAGAAGAGCUUCCUUUUACAUCUUCAACCUGCUGAUUCCAUGUGUGAUGAUCUCAUUCUUGGCCCCACUAGGUUUCUACCUUCCUGCUGACUCUGGGGAAAAGGUUUCAUUGGGAGUCACAGUCCUCCUAGCUCUCACAGUGUUCCAGCUCCUGGUAGCAGAAAGCAUGCCACCAUCUGAAAAUGUUCCACUUAUUGGGAAAUAUUACAUUGCAACUAUGACAAUGAUCACCGCUUCAACAGCACUGACGAUAUUCAUUAUGAACAUCCACCACUGUGGGCCUGAAGCCAAACCAGUCCCACCAUGGGCAAGAAAGUUCAUCUUGCAGUACAUGGCUAGAAUCUUCUUUGUAUAUGAGGUAGGUGAGAGCUGCAAAAGCCGUCAACAAGAGAAGUCGGAAACAAUAACUGAUUUAAAGGCAGCAAAUGGCGAAGCUCAACGAGAACCUAAGUCUAAUGUCAAAAAGACUCUUGAGAGUAAGCUCCAAGAGAACAAAGGAGAUGUAGAGAAGGGAUUAUAUUCUUGCACUGCUCAAGCCACUGUACCUUCUAGUGCUUACGGUGCAUGGAAGGAGGAUGGGAAAUAUGUUAAUUUGGAGCACUCUGUAGGAAAGAAAUCAAGCCAUGGAAGAAGCUGCAAUGAUCAGUGUCCCUGUCACUUUGAAGAAAUACUCAAUAACACCGAAUACAUUGCCAACUGUUUCAGGGAUCAAAAGGCAGCCCAGAAGCGGAUUGGUGAGUGGAAAAAGGUUGCAAAAGUGAUGGAUCGCUUUUUUAUGUGGAUUUUCUUCAUCAUGGUUUUCUUAAUGAGCAUACUUAUCAUGGGCAAAGCAAUUUAGACAAUUGUACAAAUAUAGUUCUUAGAGUGGUGGGUGUUAGGAUAUAUUGUUCAAUGACUUUUGAUCAUGGUCAAAUGAGAAAGCAAAUAAAACUAGCUAUUACUUAGUUGUUAUAUUUUUCAUUGAAUAAAAUGUCCAUCUGUACAGAUUCAAAGUAAACAUUGUUUCUUUGUUACCAUCAAGCAGAAUGGCUCUACUCACAAAUGACACAUAAACUGAUAAAUGCCAACCGUUUCUGUAAUGUCACCAGAACUGAUAGAAAAGGAUGAUGUAAACUAACAUAUUUCAUGAAGGAAUGUAUAAGUAUAGUUAAGUAAAUGAUGUAACAUUAGACAACUAGACUCUGGUAUGAUGAGCAAAUAUUUGAAACAUUAUUUUAUGUAACACGGAAAUAAUAUGUCUGAAGCUAUGUGGGUGAUUGUUUUUUCUUUGUCAGUUACAAUGGAUAUUUCCAAGGAAAAAAGAGGGAAACCGAACAAGCUUAAAUAUUAUCGAAUCUAACAUUUUCUUUAUGAAUCUGCAUACAUUCGUAUAUAAACUGAACAGAGGAAAGUGUUAUAUUUGUGAGGAACAUGAAGGAAGGCUGUCAAGGAUAUAACUUACCUACUUCACAGAUAAUACAUUUUAUUCCAUUUAGGCAUAUUAGCAAUAUAUAAUAUUUUUUUUUCUAGCUUCAUAAUUCUUUGGCAUCCAUCAAUAAAAUUAGAAUGUAGCAUAUUAUAUUACAUUCCAUAGUCAUCAUUUAGGUAGAAAUAGUAAAUAACUAUCAUUACCAUAUUCCAUCAUAAAACUCAAGAGCUUUUUGGCCUUUUUGCCUUUUCUUUGUAACGCUGUAAUGUAUACGUGGCAAAGAAUUUUGUUAACAGAUUCUUCACUGAUAUGUCACAAUAAAACUAAAUACUAAAGUUUAAUACAGGCAAAUGUCAGCUGCAAGCAUAUAAGCAUUGAGUGCAUAUAUUUGUUUAUUUAGUAAUGGAAUAAGAUUAAUAAUUUAUUAAUGUAAACAUAUGCAUAUAUGUGCGCACACA